AUGCUAGGAUUCAUCCAAUUCGCAACCAUUGCUGUGUCAAUAGGAAUUGCAUUCUUCCCAGACAAGUUUCUCAGUCAUGCAGUACGAUCGUGGUCCCAGAUUGAGUUCGUAAUCGACACAGACGACGCGGCGCAUUGGCUCGUCGAUUUCCAAACUCCUGGAGAUGUGGUGCCGGUGGGCUGUCACUCACACAACGAUUACUGGCGAACUGUACCCCUGUUCUCUGCUCUACGAGCAGGAUGCAUUGGAGUCGAAGCCGACGUGUGGCUCUUCAACGAGGAGCUCUAUGUCGGACAUACGCCAUCCUCUUUGGCCGCGACGAGGACAUUGGAGUCCAUGUACAUCGGUCCUCUCGUUCGGAUUCUGGACUACCAGAACCGCAGGGCUGAGUCGCUUCGGCGUGGUCAUGCAGCACCGGUCGGCGUAUAUGACACAGCUCCCCAACAGACAUUGGUCCUGUUAAUCGAUCUCAAGACGGACGGUGGCGUGACUUGGCCGGUGCUUCAGAAGCAGCUGGCCCCCUUGCGAGAACGUGGAUAUCUCACGUAUUUCAAUGGUGAAAAGAUCGUUCAAGGCCCUAUCACCGUGGUCGGAACAGGUAAUACACCCUUUGAUCUUGUCAUCGCCAACACAACACACAAAGACGUCUUCUUUGAUGCGCCAUUGGACAAGCUCGUGGGAACUAUCAAAUCACCAAGUAAACGGGUGCGACGACGCGUGCGACCAGCGAGCAGACGAUCCACAGACGUGGGACAGGGUCUGUCGGGCACGCCGGAAUACAUCGAUGCAGGCACCUUCAACGCGAGCAAUAGUUAUUAUGCCUCGGUGUCUUUUCGGCAAGCCAUUGCGUUGACCUGGCAUAUGCGGCUUGAUGAUACAAAACUUGAAAUGCUUCGGAAUCAGAUCCGUAUUGCUCAUAGUCAUGGGUUAAAGGUGCGAUACCGGGGCAUUCCAGGUUGGCCGCGAGCUUUGAGAGAUUAUGUUUGGCGGAUUUUGUUGCGAGAGGGAGUGGAUAUUUUGAAUGUGGACGAUUUGGCCGCCGCUACUAGAAUGCUACGAGCAGGGAGUGGCGGACACACUUGGGACUCUGGGCUCAGGUAG